AUGUUAAUAACGGGUAGCCUGAGUCUGACUGAUUCAGAAUUGCGAAAUACGAGCUAUGGAGAUACAUCAACCGUUGAAGCUGUUAAACUGCCGCAGGUGGAGGGGACACGAGCGAUAUUUGGACUAAUCGCUGCUUUUUCCGUGUUUUUAAACUUCUUCUUUUGUGUGGUUAUGAUAAGGAAGCCUGUCAUGUUGAAAUCAGCGCACAACAUUCUCCUGUUCUCGCUUGCCAUUACGGAUCUGCUAACAGGUAAUCUCGUGUUCUUUUGUGCAAUCAUGCAAUAAUUUUCCUCGAAGAAAGGUAAUUUUAAUCGUUGAAUGGUCACCUAAUUUUCUUUGUUUUCUUUUACUUUUACGUUCAUGAGGGAUAUUAAUCCCUCUCACUCCAGGAUAUGUUGUUAGCAUUUCAUCCUUCCCAGUUCCAAGUGGCUUACGUGGUGAAUUUUUUUGCCGCUUUUUGGGCAGCAGAUAUGUCCUCUUUACAAUGGGGAGAGUCUCUAUUUUGAAGGUCACGUGUUUGGAUUUGGAGAGAUGGUUUUCUAUCUUUCGACCAAUGACUUACAGGUUUUACUUCACAACGAAGAGGAUGUUUCUUUACAUUUUGGCCAUUUGGGUGUUUACCUGUAUUUUGAAGAGUAACAAAUUCUUUGAAUGGAAAUUGUUGGGAAAUAAAUGUUCUCCGAUAAAAGCGCCAUAUGGAGAAACAAUUACUCAAACAAUAGUAAUAUUUAUCAACUCUGUUAUAGGGUUUUGCCUUCCAUGUAUAAUUACAUGGGCGUCAUUUGCUCAUAUUGCAUUGCUUUUCAAGACAUCACUGGUGGCGAGAUGUUACGGUGAGCGACAAAGAAAACAACAGAAAGCGCUAUUACGCAUGUGCGCCGUAGCGUGUCUAACUCUGACACUGUGCUGGCUACCAGCUCAAGCUAUUUAUGUUCUGUCUCCUUUUGGCAUCACAAAUAUUGAUAGUCCCAUACACAUUAUAGGUGGAAUUCUCGCCAUGUCUAAUUCAUGCGUCAAUCCUUUGAUAUACUGGAUGACAAACAAAGAGUACAGGGACAGUUUGUGUAAAACCUUCGAGGUUUCAAAGAUAAAACUUUUCAACAGAAGACGCAAAAAAAUGAUGGAAAGUCAAAUGUAUGAACUAAUGGUUUUACGAAACUCAGGUAACUGA